GCCGCGGGCGGAGGAUCCGGGCCGCGCUUCCUCUCGCCAGGCCUGCGAGCUUCCUCCCAGCGGAGCCCUGGGCGAGCCGAGGUUGGCCGCCGCCGCCGAGCCCGCUGCCGCCCUCCCGCUCCUGCCCCACCCGCGCCUUGCCCGGGGGCUUCUGCCGGGGUGGGGUCCGAGCCGGGCGACCGCCCGGCUGCGCCGCCGUCGGGGCCGUACCCCGGCCCGCCGUCCCUCCCGCCCCAGCCAGCCUCUGGCCGCCGGAGCCCGCGGGGUGUGGAGCGCGAGGAGCCCCGCGGCCCCGAUCGAGCGUCCGGGGCGGCCCCCGGCAGCCAGCGCGACGUUCCAAAAUCGAACCUCAGUGGCGGCGCUCGGAAGCGGAACUCUGCCGGGGCCGCGCCGGCUACAUUGUUUCCUCCCCCCGACUCCCUCCCGCCCCCUUCCCCCGCCUUUCUUCCCUCCGCGACCCGGGCCGUGCGUCCGUCCCCCUGCCUCUGCCUGGCGGUCCCUCCUCCCCUCUCCUUGCACCCGUACCUCUUUGUACCGCACCCCCUGGGGACCCCUGCGCCCCUCCCCUCCCCCCUGACCGCAUGGACCGUCCCGCAGGCCGCUGAUGCCGCCCGCGGCGAGGUGGCCCGGACCGCAGUGCCCCAAGAGAGCUCUAAUGGUACCAAGUGACAGGUUGGCUUUACUGUGACUCGGGGACGCCAGAGCUCCUGAGAAGAUGUCAGCAAUACAGGCCGCCUGGCCAUCCGGUACAGAAUGUAUUGCCAAGUACAACUUCCACGGCACUGCCGAGCAGGACCUGCCCUUCUGCAAAGGAGACGUGCUCACCAUUGUGGCCGUCACCAAGGACCCCAACUGGUACAAAGCCAAAAACAAGGUGGGCCGUGAGGGCAUCAUCCCAGCCAACUACGUCCAGAAGCGGGAGGGCGUGAAGGCGGGUACCAAACUCAGCCUCAUGCCUUGGUUCCACGGCAAGAUCACACGGGAGCAGGCUGAGCGGCUUCUGUACCCGCCGGAGACAGGCCUGUUCCUGGUGCGGGAGAGCACCAACUACCCCGGAGACUACACGCUGUGCGUGAGCUGCGACGGCAAGGUGGAGCACUACCGCAUCAUGUACCAUGCCAGCAAGCUCAGCAUCGACGAGGAGGUGUACUUUGAGAACCUCAUGCAGCUGGUGGAGCACUACACCUCAGACGCAGAUGGACUCUGUACGCGCCUCAUUAAACCAAAGGUCAUGGAGGGCACAGUGGCGGCCCAGGAUGAGUUCUACCGCAGCGGCUGGGCCCUGAACAUGAAGGAGCUGAAGCUGCUGCAGACCAUCGGGAAGGGGGAGUUCGGAGACGUGAUGCUGGGCGAUUACCGAGGGAACAAAGUCGCUGUCAAGUGCAUUAAGAACGACGCCACUGCCCAGGCCUUCCUGGCUGAAGCCUCAGUCAUGACGCAACUGCGGCAUAGCAACCUCGUGCAGCUCCUGGGCGUGAUCGUGGAGGAGAAGGGCGGGCUCUACAUCGUCACUGAGUACAUGGCCAAGGGGAGCCUCGUGGACUACCUGCGGUCUCGGGGUCGGUCAGUGCUGGGCGGAGACUGUCUCCUCAAGUUCUCGCUAGAUGUCUGCGAGGCCAUGGAAUACCUGGAGGGCAACAAUUUCGUGCAUCGAGACCUGGCUGCCCGCAAUGUGCUGGUGUCUGAGGACAACGUGGCCAAGGUCAGCGACUUUGGUCUCACCAAGGAGGCGUCCAGCACCCAGGACACGGGCAAGCUGCCAGUCAAGUGGACAGCCCCUGAGGCCCUGAGAGAGAAGAAAUUCUCCACUAAGUCUGACGUGUGGAGUUUCGGAAUCCUUCUCUGGGAAAUCUACUCCUUUGGGCGAGUGCCUUAUCCAAGAAUUCCCCUGAAGGACGUCGUCCCUCGGGUGGAGAAGGGCUACAAGAUGGAUGCCCCCGACGGCUGCCCGCCCGCAGUCUAUGAGGUCAUGAAGAACUGCUGGCACCUGGAUGCCGCCAUGCGGCCCUCCUUCCUACAGCUCCGAGAGCAGCUUGAGCACAUCAAAACCCACGAGCUGCACCUGUGACGGCUGGCCUCCGCCCGGGUCAUGGGCCUGUGGGGACUGAACCUGGAAGAUCAUGGACCUGGUGCCCCUGCUCACUGGGCCCGAGCCUGAACUGAGCCCCAGCGGGCUGGCGGGCCUUUUUCCUGCGUCCCAGCCUGCACCCCUCCGGCCCCGUCUCUCUUGGACCCACCUGUGGGGCCUGGGGAGCCCACUGAGGGGCCAGGGAGGAAGGAGGCCACGGAGCGGGAGGCAGCGCCCCACCACGUUGGGCUUCCCUGGCCUCCCGCCACUCGCCUUCUUAGAGUUUUAUUCCUUUCCUUUUUUGAGAUUUUUUUUCCGUGUGUUUAUUUUUUAUUAUUUUUCAAGAUAAGGAGAAAGAAAGUACCCAGCAAAUGGGCAUUUUACAAGAAGUACGAAUCUUAUUUUUCCUGUCCUGCCCGUGAGGGUGGGGGGGACCGGGCCCCUCUCUAGGGACCCCUCGCCCCAGCCUCAUUCCCCAUUCCGUGUCCCAUGUCCCGUGUCUCCUCGGUCGCCCCGUGUUUGCGCUUGACCAUGUUGCACUGUUUGCAUGCGCCCGAGGCAGACGUCUGUCAGGGGCUUGGAUUUCGUGUGCCGCUGCCACCCGCCCACCCGCCUUGUGAGAUGGAAUCGUAAUAAACCACGCCAUGAGGACACCGCC